UAUAAUUCUGUUUACGACGUCCCAGAGAAAAAGUUUACCAUGUCAUCAAAAUUGGAAAUAAAUAUCCGAAGCCUCAUUGCCCAUUGUGAGGAAAUGGCCAAAGUGGACACAACAGACUGGAGAUUGAAGAAGUACAUCAAAUCCAUUGACAUAUUGAUCCAGGAACUGGAGGAAGACGAAUACAUGAAACCGGAAGAGAAGGUGAUUGAGGGAUAUAGGAAUCGAUGCCAGGAGCUGAAGAGUAUUGUAAACUAUGUUGAACCACAGAAAUCAAUUAGUAAAUCAUCUGCUUCCGCUGAGGGAAUUUUUAGGGAAAUCAAGCAAAUCCACAAUGCCAACUACGCCCAGGAUAUUCGACGAGAAUUGCUGGGGGAGAGUAAGUUGACACUGCGGAAGCCCGGUGGCACUACAUCCGGUGAUGACAUGGGAAAGGCUAUGAAGCACUUUGCGGAUAUUCAGGAACAAAUUGCCGAAAAUAUGAUUUCACUGACCAACAACCUCAAGGAGCAGACACAGACCGCCAAUAGGAUUAUCAAGAGUGACGUUGAGACUGUGAAAAAGUCCACGUCCCUCACGGAUAGUAAUUUCGAUUCCCUGCGGGUGAAAUCUCAAACGCUGCAGGAACAUUCGAAGAGAGCCUGCAAAUGCUGGGUGUGGAUGAUGCUCGGUUGUGUGAUGAUGGUUUUUCUAUGCACAAUGAGGGCCUUCGUGAGUGCCUUAUUCCUUGUAUUUUGUGCAAAUGCAGCAGUGGGAUUCGAAGGAGUGCCUCUACUCCUCUGGGGCUCCUCGCAAGGGAAGGCCUUGAGUCCUCCUGCCCUCAAUUCCUUGGCCAGUGGUCACAUGUUGAGUGAGAAUCUACCAAAUACUCAGUACACGGUGGUUUUUGUGGGAGACAAACUCAGCCCUGAGGCCUUGAACGAAUGUGGUGAGAAGAAUUGCUUCCCCUAUCUCGAGAAUGUGGAGCAGAAAACUUAUUUUGCAAAUGUGGAAAAUCCCAUUGGACUCUUGGCCACAAUUGGGCAUGAGAGGAAGACUGAGUGGGUUGAUGCGGGCAGCAAGGUCACCCCUGAAGCUGGAAAGAUCACCUUUGUCACCCUUACUCCGGGAGAUUUCAGCACUCAGGACGCGGAAAUUGCACAAACAGUGAAGGACAUUGAAUUUGCUGGCUUCAAGAAUUCCGUCUUCAUCUACACGGCGAAGCACAAUGAGGUGGCUGAGGAUAACAUUGUGAAUCGCAGGAUUAAGAGGGAGGUCACCAAUAAGCAGGAUGAACCAACAGAGGAGCCAAUUAUCUUCUUCCGUGACAAUGAGACCUACAUCAUUUCCUAUACCGAAAUCUCUUAUGUUGCUGCUGGUGCAGCUGGUCCAGUUGUGCUUAAUUUCACAUCCGCAGCUGUAUCGCGCCUCAACGACACAGAGACAGGGAUUGCUCUGGAUCUCAUGGGAGAGGGUCCCAAGUUGAGCUUCCACAUUAUUAGCGAACAUGGACGCUGGUGGGUGGAGAGACUACUGUAUGAGGAGAAGGAAUACUAUCUCAAUACGUACAUUGGGACUCAUAUUGGCUUCUCAUUUGCCUGCACACCAACUUCCAUUUUCUUCUCACAAGAGGAAGUGUCUCCCAAUCAGUUCAACAAACUCCAAAUUACCCGUCUUCAGCUGGAGCCACGCUUCACGACGGACAACACAGAACCCUUUGUUGGUUUCAGUGAUCCCUGGGAUUGCGUUGGAUUCGUCAGUCCUGGCAUUCUUGGUGGGCUCUUUGUCACCAUCCUCUUGCUAGUCAUCCUGGCUGCAGGACUCUCCUGGAUCAUGGAGAUCCGCACCAUGGAUCGCUUCGAUGAUGUCAAGGGGAAGACAAUCACGAUCAACCUCCGUGUGGAGCUCCUUUCCACUUCAACUGGGUCGUCUGUGAGGGAUUCCAUCUUAGGGAUGGAGAAGAAGACAAAUAUUCGUGUUACGCAUCUCGUCCCGAAGGGACAGUUGCAGUCUGAGAAGAAGCAAGAUAAUAACGCAAGCAGGCAGUGGCCACGAAACUCCCGGAGACGCGAGUCAAAUGGUCACUCUGGGGGGUCCACGAGGGAUCCAAUACGCAGCAAGGCGCCAAAUGGGCAUCAGCAGAGAAUUGACAAGAGGCCACCACGGGGCAGAGGACAUCCGCAACCAUCGAGCGAGCCCCAAGGCAUUGGGAAGAGUGGCGACAUGGAGGCAUCUGGAUCCAGCACCGGAUUAGAACAUGAUGACGACUCAGUGGCCCAAUAUGAGUUGAAUUCAGUCUUCUUGCCAGGGAGCAAGAAGCAAAACCUCAAUCAUUUGUUAAACUACCACUAUGCGCCACGGAAAGUGAACUCAUUCACGACUUCACGCGAAGCUAGAGGAAAAAACUGGACAGGGAAGCAUUACAGCAAGGAGCAAUUCCUUCAGGCAAAUUGCCAGUUUGUUGUGAAGUCUCACGGGGAGUACGAUAUCCAUCGCUCAUGCCCGGAUACACUCGUGAAAUGGGAUCAAAUUGAACAGAUUGUAAUUCACAGCAAUGAGGAUACGCAGUGUCCAAUUUGUCUGUAUCCUCCGGUGGCGGGAAAAAUGACGCGUUGUGGGCACGUCUACUGCUGGGCCUGCAUCCUUCACUACUUGGCACUGUCUGAUAAGUCCUGGCGCAAGUGCCCCAUUUGCUAUGAGCCCAUCUAUGUUGGGGAUCUCAAGAGCGCCGUUGCAAAUUACCACCAUGAAUUCCGCACUGAAGAUGUUAUCACGCUGAAGUUGAUGAAGCGCAAAAAGGGAUCCUUGACGAUUGCAGAAGCCUCAAAGGAUGCCAUUGAUGCGCUGCCCUAUUUGACCGAAUCCAAAGGUGCGAUUGUCCACUCUAAGCUUAUCCUAGCAAAUCCCGAUGAAACCCUUUCGAUUGUGGAGCACGAACAGCUGGAAUUGCUCAAACAAUUGGAGAUGGAUGGGCCUGAUGGGCUCAAUUGUCCAGAGAUGAUCUUCAUUCAGCAAGCUCUUGAUCUUUUAUCUGAGAGGAAAGCUCUCUUGAAUCAAAAUACUUCGCCAAGUGAGGAGGACAAGGAGAUUGUGGAAUCUUCUGUCGAGGAUGAACUUGCUGAGAAAGCAGUAGAAGAAGAAGGAGAAGCAGCAGCAGGAAUUUCUGAAGAUAGUUCUGAACAACAGGAGGAAGUUGAUGUUGAAGAUUUCUCAAAUUACUUCUACUUCUACCAGGCAAUGGAUGGGCAGAAUUUGUACCUUCACACGGUGAAUAAUCGCAUGAUUCAGGCUCAAUUCGGGGAGCUACGCAAAGGUCCGGAAACAUUGAGUGGACGCAUUGUGCAGAAGGAUAGCUUCACGAUGGAUGAGACUCUGCGCAAGCGAUUGAAGUACCUCCAACAUCUGCCCAUUGCGUGUCAAUUUGAUGUUGUGGAGAUUGUCUUUGAUACGCCGAUUGUGUCGCCGGAAGUGAUGGACACCUUCAGUGAGGAGCUCAAAUCACGCGCCAAAAAUCGUCAAGUGCGCGCCAGGGAGGAGAGAAUCAGAGAAAUGAAAAUCAAUGAAGUCUACGAUCGACAAAUGGGAAAGAUGAUGCAGCAGGUGGCUGACAUUGAUAUAGGAUCCCCCAAGGAUUUCCCUCAAUGUGGAAGUUACACAGAGACUCAUCCGGAAUUGUGUGCAGCUGAACCAGUUGAGAUUAAAGAAGUUACUCGGAAGCAAGGACCUUCUUUUGCCAAGAUGCUCUCAAGCCCAUCUGAAGGAGCUUUUUGGCCAGGUUUGAUGGACAAAAAGGCCCCAGUGGUGGAGUCUGCAUGGGGAAAGGUUGCCAAGAAGGACGAUGAGGACGGGGUGCCGGACUAUCGACGUGCAUUCAGUACAGAUUUGACAGUUGCCCUGGAAAAGGCAGAAGCAACCAGGAAAGAAUGUGAUGGGAAGAAGGCUCAAGGGGGCAAGGGGAAGAAGAAGCAGCAGAUGGUUUUAUUUUCAACCGAUAUGAAUUUCAAGAGAAAUUGAAAAAUUGCAAAAAUUUAUGAAAUUUACUCAACUUUAUUUUGCAGAGAAAAAAAACUUUUUGAUGGGACUACAUUUUAGCAUAAACCCGCAUAAAUGGCAUUAUAAAUUGUAACAGAAGAAAUAAAUUUGGGAUUGAUGAAGAAGAAAAUAAAGGAAAACGGUCAAAUUA